AAUCUACAGUAAGUUACUGGCAAACAGCUGACAGUAAUACUGUAAUUUCCAAAAGAGUCCCUUAAGAAUUAUCAUUUUGGAAAGAACCUUUAAAGUCAAAGAUUCUUCAAAGAACCAUUCCUUUCUUAUCUUUUUAUAACCUGAAGAACCUUUACAAAUAAUAUACAAAUAAAGGUUCUGUGGAUGCAGAGGGUUCAUACUGCCCAAAGAAUCUUUCUGAACCUUAUGUUUAAAAGUGUACCAUGGUAUAAAAAUAUGGAGACAACCAAAUGAGAUUUAAUUGCUUCACAAAGACUGAUUCUAAAUUUAUAAACCGUUCUAUAAAGCAAAACAUCCCGAGUCUGAACAUAUUGCUGUUUGAUGUUCCAUUGCGAGUGAAUCAUAAAAUGUUACUACGAGACCGGGGGCUUUUACCUCAUGGUGACGUUAAAGUGUUCCCCUCGACAAAUAUAAACAAUUUCUAAAUUUAGUCAUCUCAAAAGAGGCCCCCUGACGAUUCAUUUGACGCCAGUCACGUGUCAGCAUUUCGUGAGUGAGGUGGGGGGGUUACAUGUUGACAUAUAAAGCUGUUUCAAGGGCGAAUUCUGCAUAGAAGCGCGGGCGCGCGAACAGUGGCGUUCGGAGCGCACUGCGCAAUUGCGCGCGGCUUUUUUGCUUUUGCGAAUGAAAGCGGAAUAACUGUCCACGUUGUUAACUAGGUUCGUCCACAUUUUCAGAUCCACAGUGUUUGUCCAACUUAAUGGAUAUACCACCACUAAACUGGGGUCAUGGAGAGUUGUGCGUCGACCACGGACCCCCGCGCACCGGAGAAUAUCACGUCCUGGGGGCUCCGCCACGCACGAGCUAUAGUGAUAAAACGUUGUUCACCGUCAUGAACAGUGCAGGAGUUACGGUUCAAAGUUGCUGGAUAUAGAGCGGGGAACAUCAUGCACAUAGCGGAGCUCACGCUUUCCCUCCUGCUCGCGGCGAUCAUCGUAGUGUCGUUGCUGUCCAACGUGGUGGUGCUGAUUUGUUUCCUUUACAAUCCAAACAUCAGGAAGCAGGUGCCAGGGUUGUUUAUACUCAACCUGACUUUCUGCAACCUGCUUCUGUCCGCCUCCAGCAUGCCACUGACUCUUUUUGGGGUACUGAGUAACACGCAUCCUGGUGGGCAUGUGUUCUGUGAGGUGGUCGGGUUUUUAGACACUUUCCUGACCACCAACUCCAUGCUGAGUAUGGCAGCGCUGAGCAUCGACCGUUGGGUCGCCGUAGUGUUUCCUCUGAGUUAUCACUCUAGAAUCCGUCACCGGGACGCCGUGAUCGGUCUGGCUUACACGUGGGUCCACUCGUUGUCCUUCUCCGUGGUAGCGGCGUGCCUGUCCUGGGUGGGAUACCAUCAGCUGUACGCGUCCUGCACACUUUGUAAUAACAGUGCGAUCAACGCAAAAACGCAGUUUGCGGUUUACACGCUGGCACUGCACACGCUCACGUUCCUGCUGGUUUCGGUGGUGCUCUGCGUCACGUAUCUGAAAGUGCUUAAAGUGGCGCGCUUUCACUGCAAGCGCAUAGACGUGAUCACCAUGCAAACCCUCGUGCUACUAGUGGACAUCCAUCCUAGUGUUCGCCAGCGCUGUCUAGAAGAACAAAAAAGAAGAAGACAGAGAGCCACUCGCAAAAUCAGCACCUUUAUCGGAACCUUCGUCAUCUGCUUCACUCCGUACGUGAUCACCAGGAUUGUGGAGCUAUUUGUGACUGAGCCAUUUAAUCCAUAUUGGGGUGUGCUGAGUAAGAGUCUGGCAUACAGCAAAGCUGCAUGCGACCCGUUCGUCUACUCUCUUCUUCGACACCAGUACCGUCAGACCUGCAGUGACAUUGUCAAUCGGCUCAUGCAGCGCAGUUCCCUCAAUGCCUCUGGGCAUCAGCACGAAAAUGGAAAGAUUGGAAAGACUGACGAGAUCAGGAAAAUUAGAUGGUCCAAGGAAAUUAUAAAAGAUGAGGAAGGUGAAACCAGACCUACCGACUGAAGACCUGCUGUUGCUAUAGAGAUGAACAAUCACAAAGGUAGAGCUCUUACUGUGUGAAGAGAGAGAACAAUGAGGGCAACUGAGCCAGCGGGGUGCCAGGCUCUGCAUUUUUAAACUUAAAAAUAAAUCAAGAUUUUUACUGUAGCAAAGGAGAUUUUAGUAGCAACAUAAUUCUAUUUCUUUCUUUUUCAAUUUGUCCGGCUUUCAUUCUUUUCCGCUUUGUGCGUCUUUCAUUAUUUUUUGCUAUUGUCCGUCUUUCAUUUCUUUUAUCUCUGUCCUUAUUUCAUUCUUUUUUGCUCUGUCCAUCUUUCAUUCUUUUUCACUCUGUCCUUCUUUCCUUUUCUUUUCACUGCAAUGUUAGAGCUGCUAGUUAGCAUCAUUUAAAGAGAUUAAGUAAGGCCUAUUUUUAUUGUACUGACUUGCAACUUAUGUUAUGGUGUACAGUUAUAAGUGCUGUUUAGAAAUACAAGUAGGUGAGUACUGUGGUAUUAAUCUAUGGAGAAAUGACUGACAACAAUAUAUGCUUUACCUUAAAUGAUAUCACAUCGUAAUAUGUGAGAAAAUAUAAGUUUGCCUCUAAUUGUACUUGUUUCAGAGAACUACAGAUGUUUUAGAUGAUGUUUUGUGGAGCUCAACGGCAUGUAGCUUUGAUUUUCUGUAGCAUGUUUUGUAUCUUCAGGGUUUAGUUGUUAAGCCCAAAAGCAAAUGGGCAGAAUUGUUCUUACAGUGCCUUUAAUUUGUUUUAUUGUAAAACAAACCUCCUUAGAUUACAUUUUUAAGCUGUUUUCUAUAAUCACGAACACAUCUGCAAGCAUGUUUCAGCUGGGAAUUGUGUUGUACAAACCAAUAGGGAAGUUUUAAACAACAACUAUAAACAAUUAAGAUUAGUUUUUAUUGAAAGUAAAAAGCUCCAUUUAUUUCUUGCCCUAGAAAAUUAUGUAAAAAAAUUAGGGAUGUCCUGAUUCGAUAUUCUGGAUGGGUAUGGGGGCGGAUCUGGGAUUUUUUGCUGGAUCGGAUAUCGGAUCGAGCACCGACAACAUGACUGAUUCCGAUACUAUGCGUUAGCCGUGGUUUUUACUGACAAGCUAUUAUUAUAAAAGCACCAUAAGCGUUUUAUGCACUAUAUUCGAAGUCUUUUAAUACACGCUGUAGCUUCAUGUGAAGGAGCAUACACACAUUUAAAAAUAUUUAAGUUCACAGAAACACUGUAACUUACUUGCAAACUGAGAUAAUUCACUGGUGAAGCAGGCAGACGGUCAUUCUCAAACACAAACACAUGAUAACUGUAGGCUAUUUUAAAGAUCUGAUUUUAUGAAGUCUCAGUAAGCCAUUGGAUGGAUGCAAUUGCCAAUUUACUAUGUGCUGAGCACAUGAUGCAUCUAUUCUCUUAACAGUUAUGAAAUGUCUAUUGCUGAGCGAGGAUUCCCAUGAGAGGAGGCUUCAAUUAAACGCAGCAUGUACUGUAUAUGACUUAGGCGCAUCAAUUCUGCACCCGGAAUGUGCAUAAAAAGUCUGGUCAAGCGCAUAAUUCCCAAAAUAACCAUCUGCACACUAAAGCUUUUUUACUAUGGCAGUUUUACGCAAUAAGGAAAAAAUAUUAUGCAUAUUAUAUUGUUUCCUGUCUGCCAUUAUUGGACAAACUGAUUAAUCCAGGUGUGUCUGAUUAUUGUUGUUGUGACUACUGAGGUCAGGCACACCUGGAUUACUCAGUUUGUUUGUGACUACUGAGGUCAGGCACACAUGGAUUAAUCAGUUUGUCCAAUAAUGGCAGACAGGAAACAAGGAGCUAGCUGAAGAUCAGGAAGUAGAGCAGCUGGGCAUAAAGCCUAUUUUAAGCUGCUUUGGAUAAAAGCGUCAGCUAUGAAUAAGUAAAUUAUUGAUUUUACAUUUAAAAUUAUACUAGAUGUAGCAGAAAGCACUAUACACAUUUAAUUACAGAAGUAUCAGGCAGGUAUCGGUAUCAGCUAAUAUUCAGAAUUCUGGUAUCGGAAUCGGAUCAGAAAUGAAAAAGUGGUAUCGGACAUCCCUAAAAAAAUUAUGUGCGAGUCCCUAAGUGCCGUAAUAUAUGUGUCCUGAAUUAUUGGUCCCCUUUUAGUGACCCCUCCAGGAAAGUAAAAAAGUGACCAUUUUCUUUUUCUAAUUGUGACUCUGGACCAUAAAACCAGUCGUCAAUAUUUUUAAAUAGAGAUUUAUACAUCUGUAAGCUAAACAAUAAGCUUUUCAUUGAUGUUUGUCAGGAUAGGACAAAAGUCCAAAUAAAGUCCUUAGCAACGCAUAUAGUCUACUGGCUUACCUUACGUUGUGGACUGAAUAGGAAAAUUGAAAGCUUUUACAUUAAAAACUAAUUUUAAUGGAAAAUCCUCAAAGAGCAACAAGUUUGUACGUUUCUGGCCAAUUUUAUUUGCGUUUUUGCUGCAUCCACUCACAAAAAUAAAGUUUUUAUAUAUUUGCAGUAGGACAUUUACAAAAUAUCUUCAUGGAGCAUUUAAACAUUUACAAAAUAUAAUAAUGACUUUGAAAUAAAAACGAUUAUAUUUUUGACCCAUGUGACUUGCGUCUGGUUGUGUGGUCCAAGGUUACAAUUGUUUAGUUGAGUUACAAGUCCUAUUUCAUAAUGCUGUUGUCUGUCCAAGUAUAUAUAUAUAUAUGCAUACAAAUUUUUGUAUCUUUAAACAGUUAAUAAUUUAUACAGGGUAAUUUAUAACUGAAUGUCACUGUAUAGUAUUAUGUAUUGUUUAUCUUUAUGAAGUAUGUAUGUGAGUAUGUGCGCACAUUAUUUUCUUUGCAUAAUUGGGAUUGGGACCAUUAUUACACUUUAAGUGUGUAAAAGUACCCGUUUCAUCUAAUUUUGUGUGUGUGCAAAUGUAAAGCCUUAGGAAAUAACAUGUCUAUUUUUGUUAAACAGGAAAAUGCAGUUUCAAAUUUUGCUACGUAAAUAUAUUUGUGACUAUAUUGACAAUAAAUGCAGUGGGUUAGAAAAUA